GGAGUGUUUAAAAAUGUCGGACAGCGAAGACAAUGUGCCGAACUUGUGUACAAAGAAAUCUCGUAUGUCUCUCAAUAUAAAUGCUGAUGGAUCUGGAGAUGAUCAGGAUGACAUAUCAUCUACUGCAAGUGCCAGCACCAUUAUGGAGGAUGCCUCCACUAGAAGUGACACCCCAACACAGGGAGUAGGUGGAAGGAGAGGGAGGGGCAGAAACAAAAAAUGGAGGCCAAAAUUACAAUUCAAGUGUACAAACUUUGUCAAGGAGGAUCAUGGUCAGCCAAUUUUUGGAAUAGAUGUCAACAGAAAUACCAAGGAUGGAGAACCCAUUAUAUUUGCAUCUGUAGGCCACAACAGGGUAACAAUUUAUGAACUCCAAGAGAAUGGGAAAAUAAAGCUAGUACAGGCUUAUGCAGAUCCAUGUACAGAUGAGAAUUUCUACUGCUGUGCCUGGUCAUAUGACAAUGUUACUGGACAACCAUUGGUCGCUGUGGCUGGUCUAAGGGGGAUAAUCAGGAUUUUAAGUCCCAUAGCUCUCUGCUGCGUCAAACAUUUUGUUGGACAUGGUAUAGCAGUCAAUGAACUUAAAUUUCAUCCAAGGGACCCAAACAUGUUACUCUCAGCAUCCAAAGACCACACCAUUAGGUUAUGGAAUGUAAAGACUGACGUUUGUGUGGUGAAAUUUGGUGGGGUGGACGGUCACAGGGAUGAAGUACUUAGUGCAGAUUUCAAUAUAACUGGGAGUAUGAUCACUACCUGUGGUAUGGACCACUCCCUGAAGAUCUGGAAGACUGACACAGAGUCCAUACAAACUGCCAUGAAAGACUCAUACACAUACAAUCCAGCAAAGACUAACAGACCCUUUCCUACAGUAGCUCAGCAUUUCCCAGACUUCUCCACUAGAGACAUCCACAGAAAUUAUGUAGACUGUGUACGAUGGUUCGGUAAUUUUAUACUCUCAAAGUCUUGUGAGAACUGUAUCAUUUGUUGGAAGCCUGGCCCCCUGUCAGAGCCUAACUAUCCCCUGAAGCUGAGUGACAGUACGGUUUCUAUCCUCCAUCGCUUCGACUAUAAGGACUGCGACAUCUGGUACAUGAGGUUUGGCCUGGAUUUCUGGCAGAAGGUGCUAGCACUAGGAAAUCAGAUUGGCAAGGUGUAUGUAUGGGAUCUUGAUCUUGAGGACCCAACUCAGUCAAAACCCAUCAUUUUAACACAUCCCAAAUGUUACACCCCAAUACGCCAGAUUUCCUUCACCAGAGAUGGCAGUACAAUGCUAGCUGUGUCUGAUAAUGCCACGAUCUGGAGGUGGGACCGAGUGAAGUGAACCAUGACUGCUGUCUCUAGAUUCAGUGACCCAUGACAAAGGCUAGGGGAUAUUAUAACUGGAACAUGUUUGCAGCUAUGGGAGGAUGUGGUUGGACAGGGAGGCUGAGGAUACAAAGCUUUAUGGCAAUGGACAUUAUGUAAAGGAAGAACUGUGUGUAAUUUGAAGAAAUUAAAGGAAAAAUUGUAUAGAAAAAUAA